AUGGACGACAAAGUGGUGCCUACCGUCUCGAGAAUGGAUCUGACAGCUAUCAUCAAUAGGCUCGAAGCUGCCACCUCCCGUCUGGAGGACAUGGCAGCAUCUGCCAUUGAUAUCAGUGGCGCUCCAGCUCCUGCGCCAACCGGUCCUUUGCCUCCACCUCCGGUGACAGCGCGAGCUGCGCCCGAACAACCAAAGCCUGUUCAAGAAGCGUUGCCGGAGUCUGUGGAGGAUUUUGAUGCAUUCAUAACCGGCCCGGUCAAGAAGUAUGUCAAUCUGAGUGAUGAAUUGGGAGGGUUGGUCGCAGAGCAGGCUUCAGCCGUUCUGCGAGCGUUUGCGGAACAACGGAAAUUCAUCCUCAUUACCACGAAAGCAAAGAAACCCGACAUGAACGGUCCAGCUUUCAUGCAACUUUUGAAGCCUUUCAAUCAACUGAUUUCGACCGUCACGGAGCUGAGAGAAGGAAACCGUGGAUCACCCGUCUUCAACCAAUUGAGUGCUGUUUCGGAGAGUAUCAGUGUUCUAGCUUGGGUUACUGCAGACUCGAAACCACACAAAGUUGUCGAGGAGUCUUUGGGAUCAGCACAAUACUGGGGAAACCGAGUCUUAAAGGAAUACAAGGAGAAGGACCCGAAGCAAGUCGAAUGGAUACAAGCAUAUUAUCAAGUAUUCAAGGAACUGAUUGAGUAUGUCAAACAAACCUUCCCAAGUGGCAUGGCAUGGAAUCCCAAAGGUGUUACGGCUGAGGAGGCCAUGAAGGCAGUCGAGCAAAACCAGCCAUCUCCCCCAGCACCACAUCCCAAAGCAGUUGCUGGUGCUCCUCCGCCACCACCUCCUCCAGGACCUCCACCACCACCUAUGAUGAUCGAUGACAAGCCUGCCCCAGUUGCAGAUGCCGGCGGACUUGGCGCGGUAUUCAGCGAACUCAACAAAGGCUCAGAUGUCACAAAAGGUCUUCGAAAAGUUACAGCAGAUCAAAUGACGCAUAAGAAUCCAUCUCUUCGGGCAGGUGCGACUGUUCCGACUAGAAGUGAUAGUGCUUCUAGUAUUUCCUCGAAUCGUGGGAAAAGCCCAGCUCCUGGCAAGAAACCAAAACCUGAGAGCAUGCGGACGAAGAAGCCUCCUGUCAAGAAGCUUGAUGGGAACAAGUGGUUGAUUGAGAAUUACGACAACGAAACACAGCCGGUCGAAAUCGAAGCAUCAAUAUCACACUCUAUCCUCAUCAGUCGCUGCAAUAAGACCACGAUCAUCAUAAAGGGCAAAGCCAAUGCUAUUUCAAUCGAUAACUCCCCUCGAUUGUCUCUCUUGGUUGAGUCACUUGUCUCAUCCAUUGACGUCAUCAAAUCUUCCAAUUUCGCCCUUCAAAUUCUCGGAGUCGUUCCUACUAUCCUCAUGGAUUCAGUCGACGGCGCACAGGUGUAUCUCAGCAAAGACAGCUUAAACACGGAAGUCUUCUCUAGCAAAUGCUCGAGCAUCAACCUUCUUCUACCGGAAGGAGAUGAUGGUGACUACAAAGAGGAAGCACUGCCAGAACAGAUCCGUACAUUCAUUAGCAAGGAUGGUAAAGCUGUCAGCGAGAUCGUGGAGCAUGCUGGUUAA